AUGAUGCUGGCUAAGGUUACACCGCUGACCGCGGACAAACUAAUGGGCUUGUACUUGAAAAGCCACGCCAGUCUGUCAAACAGUCAUCAUUUGUACAAGGCGGCGUCGAACAUCAGACCGGGGGUCCUUUAUCGAUUAGCAAUGCAACGUAACGGAGGUAGCGGUGACAUUAGGGCGACCAGCGGAGCGAAAAGGAAAAAGCGUAUGAAACGUAAUGAAUGGGUCGCCGUCGGCUACUGCCGCGUUGCACGAGAGCCAGGGGGAGCUUGA